GUCACCUUCCACCCCGCCCCCCAGUUUCGCGGCUGUCUAGCAGUUGCAGGCGUGUUGCGCUGGUCGGGUGGGCUUGAUUGCACCCAGGCAUUGUAGCUACGCGUGAGUUCGCUGUAUUUGUCUUCAGAGCCACAGUCGAACAUGUUCUUCAGGGCCCAAGUGAGGCGAUUUCUUCAGAGGGUUCCCGGGAAACAGCGACUUGGCGUCUACAGGUUCCUGCCCUUCUUUGUUGUCCUGGGAGGAACAAUGGAGUGGAUCAUGAUUAAAGUACGCGUGGGCCAGGAGACUUUCUAUGAUGUCUACCGUAGAAAAGCCUCAGAAAGGCAGUAUCAGAGAAGGCUGGAAGAUGCAUCAGAAACUGAACUUCAGCAGUCAAUAAAGUGAACAUGAAUUUUA